UUUUUAUACCAACUCUUUUAUCGGCUGUCUUGUGUCUCCGCUAUCAAAUCCAGAAUUUCAGCUUGAGGUAUCGGGUCAAUAAGGAAACCUGGUGCAAGAAGUUUGAAUUUCAACUUAUAUAAUAGUCAAUGUAAGAUUAUAUGCUUCGUUAACAUUACAAGGAAGAGUAAUAUAUUUCUUAUUGAUGGUCAAGUCAAUCUAUAGGGCGCAGAAACCGUGUUUUCGUCAUGCAUUUUUCAACAUAAUGAUUUUAGUGUUCAUGAUUAGGCCAGGUUUAGCUGUUCCUUAAAAGGGAAAAGGUAUAUUACAUUGCAAGUUGUGUAAAAUACACUAGGAUAUUUCUAGGUGAAAGCUUAGUUGGUCUAUGUCCUAGUCCUUAUCAUAUGUAAAAUAGAAAAGGUUGGAACAAAAUGAACAAACCUACUGGGAAAAUCUAUGGAAAGAUUUAGAGUUGUCUUUGUUUGCAUCUUUCUUUUGAUUUCCCCUGUACGAAUCUCUGCCAUAUCGGCGACUCUUACCCCUGGUCAGUCGAUAAGAGAUGGAGAAACUUUGGUUUCAGCUGAGGGAAAUUUUGAACUGGGAUUUUUUAGCCCAGGUAGUUCAAAUAAUAGGUACCUGGGGAUAUGGUACAAAAAAACAUCCCCUGGAACUUCUGUGUGGGUGGCCAACAGAGAAAAACCAAUCGUGGAUCGGCUAGGAGUGUUAAAUGUAACUGCUCAAGGAGUUCUUGUGCUGUUCAAUAGUACUAAUUAUGCUGUUUGGUCAUCUAAUGUCUCAAGAACUGCCCAGAACCCUGUUGUUCAGCUCUUGGAUUCGGGAAACCUUGCUGUAAAAGAUGGGAAUGACAGCAUCCCGGAUAACUUUUUGUGGCAGAGUUUUGAUUAUCCGAGUGAAACCUUACUUCCAGGGAUGAAGUGGGGAAAAAAUUUGGUGACUGGUCUUGAUAGGUAUAUAUCACCUUGGAAGAGUUCAGAUGAUCCUGCUCGAGGUGAUUUUGCAUUUCGGUUGGAUCCUCGUGGUCGUGGAUAUAACCAAAUGCUGCUUAUGAGGGGGCUUACAAUUCUGUUUAGAACCGGUACAUGGAAUGGUUUCCGUUGGGGGGGAGUCCCUGACACGGUAUCGAAUACUGUGUACAGAGAACAAUUUGUUUCAACUGCCAAUGAGUCCUAUUACAGGUUUGAUCUUCUAAACAGUUCAAUUCCAUCAAGGUUGGUGAUAAGUCCAGCAGGCAUACCACAGCGCCUCACAUGGAUACCUCAAACGAAUCUUUGGGCACCCUACUCUGUAGUGCAGAUCGAUCAGUGUGACACUUACACCUUGUGUGGUGUCAAUGGUAUCUGCAGCAUCAAUGACCAAGCUGUUUGUUCAUGCUUGGAAAGUUUCGUACCCAAGACUCCUGACAGAUGGAACAGUCAAGAUUGGUAUGGUGGUUGUGUUAGACGAACUCAAUUAGGUUGUAAUAAUGGAGAUGGAUUUCUGAAGCACACUGGUGUCAAAUUGCCAGACAUGUCUGAUUCCUGGGUGAAUACUAGCAUGAGCCUAAAUGAAUGUGGGGAUAUGUGCCUUUCAAACUGUUCGUGUGUGGCCUACUCAAAUUCAGAUAUUAGAGGAGGAGGAAGUGGCUGCUACCUUUGGUUCAGUGAGCUCAAGGACACUAAACAACUACCGCAGGGUGGGGAAGAUCUCUACAUACGAAUGGCUGCUUCAGAACUACGUAGUUAUGAAAAGAAAAGAAGUUCGAGCAGGAGGAAGCAUAGGAGAAUCAUUGUUGGCAUAUUAAUUCCUUCUGUGGUCGUGCUUGUACUAGGAUUGAUCCUGUACAUGAGGAGAAAGAAUCCUAGAAGACAAGCCUUCACGCCAAGCAUCCGCAUUGAGAAUUACAAGGAUGAAAGCGACAGGAAGGAUGGCAUGGAGUUACCGGCGUUCGAUUUUACCACUAUAGAAUAUGCCACCGAUUGCUUUUCAUUCAAUAACAAACUGGGAGAAGGUGGUUUUGGAUCUGUAUACAAGGGAACAUUGAGUGAUGGACAAGAAAUAGCGGUGAAAAGGCUUUCAAAGGAUUCUGGACAAGGACUAACAGAGUUCAAAAAUGAAGUUAUAUUGAUUGCCAAACUUCAGCACCGCAACCUUGUCAAGCUUCUUGGUUGUUGCAUUGAAGGAAAUGAAAGAAUGUUGAUCUAUGAGUACAUGCCUAAUAAAAGCUUGGACAACUUUAUAUUCGAUCAAACAAAUACAAACAAACUUGAUUGGCAAACACGCCUCAACAUAAUUGGCGGCAUUGCCAGAGGGCUUCUUUAUCUUCACCAAGACUCUAGAUUGAGGAUUAUACAUAGGGAUCUCAAGGCCAGCAAUGUGCUUCUAGAUGAUUCUAUGAACCCAAAAAUUUCAGACUUCGGCAUGGCCAGAACAUUCGGGGGAGAUCAAAUAGAGGCGAAUACUAGUAGGAUUGUUGGAACAUAUGGCUAUAUGUCUCCCGAGUAUGCGGUCGAUGGGCUCUUCUCAAUCAAAUCUGAUGUCUUUAGCUUUGGCGUUUUAGUACUUGAGAUAGUGAGUGCGAAGAAAAACAGAGGAUUUUUCCACCCUGAUCACAACCAUAACCUUCUUGGACAUGCAUGGAGACUUUGGAAUGAAGGGAGGCCACUGGAGCUCAUGAAUAAAAAGACUGAUGACUCUUCCUCUUUGUCUAAAGUUAUAAGAUGCAUUCAGGUCGGUCUGCUAUGCGUGCAACAACGACCUGAAGACAGGCCAAGCAUGUCAACUGUGGUUGUAAUGUUGAGCAGUGAGAUCUCAUUGCCGCAGCCAAAACAGCCUGGUUUUUACACAGAGAGAAGUUUCUCUGAACAAGAAACUUCAUCAAGUAGUAUAAGAUCAGCUUCUAGGAAUAACAUCAGCUUUACAGUGUUUGAACCGCGGUAGAAAAUCACUUGACAAAAGAAGGGUGUCGGAUAAGAACACAUCCUUUCCUGUAAUGAUCUUUACCAAAAUACUGAAUGUAUCUAAUUUCUCUUUUCCAUCAGUAAAUUUUGAGGAUUUUCUCAUCA